AUGGGUAAUCAGUACCACAAACCGAUGCCAGUUAACGAAGACGAGAUUGAACCGUACACUCGUCAGAAGGGUGAUUCACCGUAUACGCGAUCAGGCUUACCACCACCAUCGAUUAUCCAAAAGAGCGAUAAAGUGCCACAUUUGAAACAUGAACCAAUGAGUUUAGAAUUACAUAUGGCUGAUGAAAGAGCGCGAGCAGCAGGUCUUACUCCUGCUGAAAGAGAAUGGCGAAGGAAAUGGGUUCUGGAUCAACAUCUUCAUCCAGAUGAGCCAAUCCAUGUUGAUGCUGUGCACAGACAGCUUAAUCCCAUUCGCAUGUUGUAUCGUACACCAUUGGAUAAGCUUUACAAGCAUUUCUUAAAGCCAACGUUUGGUAUAUUUUAUGGUUCAAUGAUACGAGCUGUAGUACCAAAACUCUUUAUGGCUUGGGUGCUCAUCGAAGUUAGCUAUUAUUAUUGGAAGUACGAGGCUAGAGGCUGGGAAACAUUACGAGGAAAUGAACGGAGCUAUCCUCGCGAACGUUUCUGGGAUGAUCAGGAGCUGCGAGAGAAGCAUUCGGACUUAUUUCAAACUGGCAGACCAAUCCAGCCAGAGCAUAAAUUCGAACCUCCAUCAUUCACUCAGCGUACUGCACUCUUAGAUCUAGGACCUCCAGCAAGACCCUGGUGA